CGGGCUCUGCGACUAAUUAAUUAACCUCAUUUGAUCAACAAAAGCAACUUAAUUCUCCACUCGUUCGUGACAUCUCGCUGGAACCGAUGCUGCCGACUAAACAUCCUAGCCUUUUCACGGAACUAAUGCCUUCCGAUGGGGCUCCGGCCCAUCAACUAUUUUGGCACGCCCCAAUCUAAGGAUGAAGCCAACAAAACAUCCAAGGCAAAUAAUUACACAAAUAAUUCAAAUUUUGCCAUCGCGUAACAGAGGAGGAGAUGGAAUGGUCUUGGAUGCACUCCAGAUUUCAGCUAAUAAUGAGGCCAGUCGAAUUUGGCAAGAGACAUACACAUCCUACGCCAACUGUUUUCACACAGAAUCUUGGCCAGGACCCCAACAGAAAUUUGCAUACUCGAGGGCACGGCCAUCAUCGUGUCAUCGAGUCAUCGAGUCAUCGAGUCUGUCUGUCUUGAUUAAUCCCAAUUGAACCGGCGCUGGUGAAGAACAGUCCCAAACUGUGUAUUGCAUUGUCCGCUUAUCAGGUGCUUCACUGCUUAAAGCAGAGUGUAAGAUGACACCUUGUCGGAAAAUUCAAACUAACCAACCUGCAAAUCAAAUGCUCCGCUCGAAAACCAUUUCAUACUUUUGGGAGCCCCCCGGAAAAUCGAUGCGAAGCUUUCAUCGUCGGGAUUGUGGAGCAGAAAGUGUCGCCGAAACGACACAAACGAAAUCUCUUGUCUGCCAGAGCUUGUCAUAUCUAAUUGGAGAGCAGUUGGGUCCCACCUACACACCUACACCUUACACCCGGCACGAUGGAGCAGAGAUUGCGUUCCUGUUCCCCCUCUCAGUAAAUAUCCGAAGCCGCAGCUGCAGCUGCAAGCCCCAGAAAAGAGAGCAGCUGCCCAGCAUCAUAUGCAUGCCAGUUGGGAUUGGCCUGUCGCGCCGAUAGCACGCCAGAUUCUGAUUUGGUUGCAUAUGGAAAUGCCAAACGGAUUUACAGUGGAGCAUGUCGUGUGGAUAAUACAGUUAAGAGGAAAUACAAGUAUCGAAAUACAGUCAACAUUGCGGCUGCCAAUAUGGUUGUUGUCGACUCGCCGCUGGCGCCUCAAAAAUACCUGCGUCGCAUCUCAAAAGACUUCUCCACCGUGCGUCGGUAUAGCAACACGCCAGGCUCCGUUUCCACAGCCACCGCUGUGCGGGUCUCCACCUCCGCCUUUAUUGCCGCCGAGGCUGGGGCCCAUUUGGCAACGAACACGCCCCUGGACACUCCUGUAGCUACGCCCCGUGGAAUCCGCAAGCGGAGGCGGAUGCGUAAGCGCUCCUCGGUCUCAUCGACGCUAUCCAAAGUUCUGAUUCUCAACGUGCGAGAUCUGCUGAAGGCCCACGCCGCCAGCGAACAUCCCAAAGAGCAUCAGCCGCGCAGUUGGAUCGAGACAAAUUUUCAGAAGCGCGAGUGCAUCAAGUUCAUACCAUGCCCAAAGGACAACACAAGGUGCUGCUGCGGCCAGGCCCAAAUCACGCAUCAGACCAUACAGGGCAUCGAGAGCGGCUCGCCGGGGGACCUCUGGCUGCCGACGAAGCACACCCGACCACAGCCCACGGACGCCUAUGGAACGAUUGAGUUCCAAGGCGGUGCCCAUCCCACAAAGGCUCAGUACGUUCGUUUGUCCUUCGACACUCGUCCAGAGCUGCUGGUGCAGCUGUUCACAAAGGAAUGGAACCUGGAACUGCCGAAACUUCUGAUCACCGUCCAAGGCGGCAAGGCCAACUUUGAUUUGCAGGCGAAGCUAAAGAAGGAGAUACGCAAAGGACUGCUGAAGGCGGCCAAGACCACGGGAGCGUGGAUAUUCACCGGCGGCACCAACACCGGGGUCACCAAGCAAGUGGGCGACGCCCUGCUCCUGGAGGGUCAGCAACGGACUGGGCGUGUGGUCAGCAUCGGCAUUGCCCCCUGGGGCAUAGUCGAGCGCAAUCAUGAGCUGCUGGGGCACAAUCGGGAGGUGCCUUGCCACAGCAUUAGUUCGCCCAGAUCGAAAUUGGCCGUGCUAAACAAUCGGCACGCCUACUUCCUGCUAGUCGACAAUGGGACCCAGGCGAAGUACGGGGCUGAAUUGAUUUUGCGGCGGAAGCUGGAGAAGUUCAUAUCGAACCUGAAGCUGCAUCCAUUCACACAUUCCAGUACGCCCGUCGUCUGCCUGGUGAUCGAAGGCGGCACCAACACCAUACGUGCGGUGCUCGAGUACGUGACGGACUCGCCGCCGGUGCCCGUAGUGGUGUGCGAUGGAUCCGGGCGUGCCGCCGACCUGCUCGCCUUCGUCCACAAAUAUGCCUCGGACGGAGAGGAGCAGCCUGUGCUGGAGUCGAUGAGGGAUUAUCUAAUUGGAACCAUACAGAAAACCUUCGAGGUGGGCCUGGACCAGGCCGAGAAACUCUACCAGGAGCUGCUGCAGUGCACGCGCAACAAGAACCUGAUUACCGUCUUUCGCAUACAGGAAAAGCCCGAGGGCGAGGCGCAGGAGCUGGAUCAGACCAUUCUAACGGCCCUCUUCAAGUCGCAGCAUCUCAGCCCUCCAGAGCAAUUGAGUUUGGCACUGACAUGGAACCGGGUGGACAUAGCACGCAGCGAGAUAUUUGUCUACGGCCAGGAAUGGCCCCACGGCGCCCUGGAUGAAGCCAUGAUGCAGGCCCUGGAACACGAUAGAAUCGAUUUUGUCAAAUUACUUUUGGAGAACGGCGUUUCAAUGAAGAAAUUUUUAACAAUACCGCGCCUCGAGGAGCUCUACAACACAAAGCACGGCCCGGCCAACACACUGGGGUACAUUCUGCGCGAUGUGCGGCCCCACAUACCCAAGGGCUACAUUUACACUCUCCACGACAUUGGCCUGGUGAUCAAUAAACUGAUGGGCGGCGCCUACCGGUCCUAUUACACGCGCCGCAAGUUCCGUCCCAUCUACGCCAAGGUCAUGAACAGCUAUGCCAACGCCUGCCGGAAGUCCUCGACAUAUCAAUACCAAAGGUAUGCGGGAGCCAAUUCACUAAGUCUGGUGACGGGACUGCUGCCGUUUACCUCGGAGAUGGCGCUGUUCGAGUUCCCGUUCAACGAGCUGCUGAUUUGGGCCGUUCUGACCAAGCGGCAGCAAAUGGCUCUGCUCAUGUGGACGCACGGCGAGGAGGCACUAGCCAAGUCACUGGUUUCCUGCAAACUUUACAAGGCCAUGGCGCAUGAGGCGGCCGAGGACGACUUGGACACAGAGAUCUACGAGGAGCUGCGCUCCUAUGCCAAGGAGUUCGAGAGCAAAGGCAACAAGCUCCUGGACUUCAGCUACCGCCAGGACGCGGAGAAGGCGCAACGUUUGCUCACCUGCGAGCUGCAUUCGUGGUCCAACCAGAGCUGCCUGUCACUGGCCGUGGCGGCGAAUCACCGGGCUCUCCUUGCCCACCCCUGUAGUCAGGUCAUCCUGGCCGAUCUCUGGAUGGGCGGCCUACGCACCCGCAAGAAUACCAACUUCAAGGUCAUCUUGGGCUUGGUGAUGCCUUUGUACAUCAGGCAGCUGGACUUCAAGUCAAAGGAAGAGCUCCAGCAAAUGCCGCAAACCGAGGAGGAGCACUUGGAGAACCAAAACUUGGACAAUGACGAUUCGGAUCGCUCCCAGCCCGAUGCCGAGAGCGCCCUUUUAAAAGCCAAAAGAUCCAUUUCCUUGAGAUAUAGGAUGGGCGCGAACACUUAUAAUCGCGAAAAGGCUCUAUUGGCGGAUACUUAUUCAGUACGCGAUACAAAAGUACACGAAAAUGGCAAAGUCAAUCUCACUGCUGGAGCGGAAGAACCACCCUCCAAUGUCUCGCUCACUGACUCAGAUCCCGCGCAGUUCCGGGAGUUCUUCAACUUGUCGGAGUACAACGAAAUCAAGCAGCACCAGCCCCUGCGCCUGAAGAAAAAGUUCCACGAGUUUUACACAGCCCCCAUUACCAAGUUCUGGGCUGAUUCGAUUGCCUACAUGUUCUUUCUGAUAAUGUUCUCGUUCACGGUUCUGGUCAAGAUGGGACCGGUGCCGCGGUGGCAGGAGUGGUAUUCGAUAGCUUACAUCACGACUCUGGGAUUCGAGAAGGUUCGCGAAAUCAUAUCCUCGGAGCCAGUGGCCAUUACGCAUAAAUUUUCUGUGUGGGCGUGGAACAUGUGGAACCCGUGCGACGGAGCUGCCAUAAUACUCUUCCUCAUUGGUCUGGCAUUCCGCUUCCGCCCCAACACAAUGGACAUCGGACGAGUCAUCUACUGCGUGGACAGCAUCUACUGGUAUCUGCGCAUACUGAACAUCCUUGGCGUCAAUAAAUAUCUUGGUCCCCUGGUCACCAUGAUGGGUAAAAUGGUCAAGAACAUGAUAUACUUCGUCGUCCUGUUGGCUGUCGUCCUGAUGAGCUUCGGCGUCAGCCGUCAGGCCAUACUGUACCCCAACAGCGAGCCAACUUGGCGGCUGAUCAGAGAGGUCACCUACCAACCCUACUUCAUGCUGUACGGGGAGGUGUUUGCCGACGACAUUGACCCUCCCUGCGGCGAGGAUCCGCGUCAGCCGGCCUGCGUGACGGGCCAUUGGGUGACACCGAUAACGAUGUCCAUGUAUCUGUUGAUUGCCAAUAUUCUGUUGAUAAAUCUGCUCAUCGCCGUGUUCAACAAUAUCUUCAACGAGGUGAACUCGGUGUCACAUCAGGUUUGGAUGUUCCAGCGAUUCACGGUGGUGAUGGAGUACCAGCAGAAGCCCGUCCUGCCGCCGCCUUUCAUUGCCUUUUGCCAUUUCUAUUCCCUGCUAAAGUACUGUGUGCGCAAAGCGAAAGGAUUGGAGGUGCAGCGGGACAAUGGUCUCAAACUGUUCCUGGAGAAGGAUGACUUGGAACGACUGUACGACUUUGAGGAGGAAUGCGUGGAGGGUUUUUUCCACGAACAGGAAAUAAUAUUGAAUCAGUCCACCGACGAGCGGGUGAAGAACACAACGGACCGGGUCGAGACCAUGUCCCAGAAAAUCGAGGACAUCAAUCAAAAGGAGAACAUACAAACAGCUACUGUGCAGAACAUUGAAUUUCGUUUGCGGAAGAUGGAGGAGUCGUCCGAACAGAUACUGUCCCACCUGGCGGUCAUACAUCGCUUCAUGUCUACACACACGGUAGGUACGGAUGACAUGCGCGGCUCCGCGAUAAACAUUCCAGCUGAAAUCCAUCGCAUUCGCACCAUUUCAAUGUCGGAUACCGAUGGCGGCGGUGGAAGCUCAGGAAAUGGAGGGGGCGGUGGUGGAGGCGCUGCAGUGCCGCUUGUUCUAGGUGCCGGCCUGAAUGUAAAUUCCUUGCAGGUGACCAACCGACGCCGCUUUAAUCGCUCUCUAACGGAGGUGCGUCCAGACGCCUACAUCCUCGACGAAGGCACCCACUUUGAGGUGGUGCCCUUGCCGGAGGAGCCGGAUGAAGUGGUCAAGUCGCGGGAGGCCCUCAACGAGCAGGUCGUGCGGAAGGCAUCGAUGCAGUCGGAGGCAGACUCGGAUAUCUAUCUGCCGUUAUCGCAGCGUCCCUCUACCUGUGAGACGGUGAAGCGCACUCCAUAUGUUACUGUGCGCCAGGACACGGGGGCCAGCACGGAGAGUAAGGACACCUUGACACCUCUAGGCACCAACGAUGACGACCAGACGCUCGUCGGGGGCGACAACUCCGAUGAUGCGGCCCCGGACAUCAACUUUGAGGCUGCCAGGCAUCGAGCGCUGCGCCAGCGCACAGUCUCGCUCUGCCGCCGCAACUCGGAGACGUAUUCGCUGGCCGGCGCGGACAUAAACCGAUCGCACAUUAGCCUUAACCAGCUGACAAUGCUGUCGCGUCGCCAGAUGAGCCUGACUCAGUCCGAGCCGGACAGUGACAAGGACGCGCCGCCAGCGGCUGCAGGCAGCACACAUCCGGGUAAAUCAGUAUUGCAUGCGAAACCCUCAAGAAAUAUCUUGCUGAAACUGCACAGCGAGUACACGUCGAUCACUGAUGAGCUGGAGAGCGUCUGCCACAUGAUUGCCUCGCCAACGGUCUCCCUGCAGAGUAACAAAGCUUCAUUGGAUCGCCCCAAGACGGAAAUGUCGCGCGCAGAAGCCGCGGCAUUACAAGAGAAGAAGCAUUUGAAGGAGUGUGAGGAGAACGAUUACAGAAUACUAGAGGGCCUGUUCGAGGCACGUGGAUCCAUCGAUGCCAGCGCCGAGGCCUUUGAGAGCGUCAUAUCCGUGGACUACAGCCAUCGCUAUCCACUGCGUCGAGAGACUGCCGUGGAGCUGUCGCCUUCGAAGCCCUCAGCUGAGGUUGAUCUCAUGGGGGGCGGCGGAGGUGGCGGAGACAGCAGCGAUACAAGUGGAGCAGGUAGCUGCAGUGCCAUGGGGGCAGUCUCAAGUGGGUUUCAGCUCAAAAACGAGCGCCCCUGGCAGCGCAACUCCUCAAUGGAGCAGCAGACAUAUCCGUCACCUCUGGUUCCCUCGAGAGCCACAAGCGACUUCCUCAAUCCACCCUUCGAAAGCAGCGGACGCCUGUUCAAGAAAUCGAGCGAAAGUCUGCAGAAGAACUCCAGUACUGAAACAGACUAUUCUGCCCAUCCGUAUCGCUUCAUCAAGCAGAGUUCCAACGAGACGAACACCUCGCUCACCGGCUCCUACAACGUGGACACGCCCUCACUUACUGCGGAGCCCUCUUUGGAUGCCUGCGACUCGCAUUCGGCGACGGGAAUUUCCAUAAGCGUUGGUGCUGCUGGCGGAACUGCCGCGCGUUACCAGCCCAUUCGCACGACUUCCAUUGGCGCGGCCGAUGGAAGGCAGCUGCGCGACGAGAGCUCUAGUUCGCUGCAGAGUCCAGAGCUCGGAGUCCAAUGCUCGGCGCCAGUGACGAUGCAGGCACCGCCAGCUGUACCAACACGCCCGAUGCUGCUGAAGAAACAGUUUAGCCUCGACAAGGGCAAGCCACAGCAAGCGCAAAUUACUGCAGAGGCUAUGGCCAUACCAGAAUCGGGCUUAGAUGCAGCAACUGUUUCCCAGGCCAGGGUCAAACUGAUUUCCUCGCUAAAGCCUCAGUCUCAUACGAGCAAGCUGGGAAUGAACGUACUCAAGGAAAGCAGCUCCAGCACAGAGGGGUCCCGCGAUGGCGAAGGCCUGUCCACUACGUCCUCGGCGAAAAACAGCAACCCGGCUCUCUCCAUACCGCAGAUUAGCACGCAUCUGGUGCAAGAUGAGAUCGCCAAGCUGUCAUCCAACAUAAAAAGCAGCACUGAAUCUGAAAAGGACCCGCCGUAUAACGAGACAAUGUGUUAGAAAAAUUGAAGGUGAAGACCAUUUCUGAAUAGUCCAAUUGAGGUUGGAAGCUGGAAUAUGUGUUGUAUAGUCAUCAUGUACUGUUACUUGUGGUUUAAGCUAGCCUGGCUAGCACGGCUCUAUUAAAGUACUAAUCAUCGGAGCUCGGUGAUAAGCUAAAGCCGCUGAAAAACUAGCACUGAUGGAGGCAUAGAAUGGAUGGAAGAUUGAGACUUUCGAGGGAGCUGAAAAUUAGAUGCGAAUUAAUAAUUUUGACAAUACAUAGUUCACAAAUUGUCUGUAUUUUUAUAAAAGUAUUUAACUAGAAGAUUUCAUUGUUGAUACAUAAUAUAUACAUAUGCAUACUUGGUACAUGCGAAAACAUGGAUAUCAAUCAAUAUUAAAAGGACGCAUUUCUGUGUGGAAAUAUAUCUUUCACCUUAACAGAAGACAUCUGUAGAUACUUUCGAAAUGCCACCAAUUGAGUGUAUAUGGGCUUGCUAAAAUUAGUGGUAAUACAUAUUCAACACUCCUACAAAUGCUUAGGCUUAGUCAGUGUUACUCGUACAUAUGCAAUUUUCACGUAAACACACAUACAUAUCUUGAGCAACUUCACUACUUUACCAGCCACGAACUUCUCCUAACCAAGCAUAUAUUUAUGUAGAUAUUUACACUUACCUUAACAAAAUUUGAAACUCAAUUCAACAUAAUGUACUUAAUAGUAUUUCUGUGAGCACCUUGAACCCAUUAGUACGAUCCCAACUACAAUUUUCACUACGACAUCAAAGUUUUUAUAUGCAUAUGUAUUAGCAUAGGUAUGUGGCUGCCAGAAUUAUCGUAUAGUGUGCGUUCUGCAAGGUUACCAGUUAGUUAGUCCAUUUUACUUGUUCGUAAGAAAUAACUGUGUGUAUUCAGUGUAUAUAAAACUGCCUUUUUCGGCUGCUUUAGAUGUCUCUGUGUAUAUCAAAUAAAUGUUGUUUUAAAUUA